UCUACGACAUCCCUCGGUACAGCCACUAGUCCAGAGCAUCGAGAGCUUGUCCGCGCGGCAUCGACUUUUCUGUGCAAAGAGAUGCUGAAGCCACCAUCACAAGUCAACAAGUCGAGUCUCCAGCCGAAGGACUGGGAGGAGGUAGAAGUGCGUAUGCGCAACCUUGCUAGGCUCGAGAGGGUUUGGGGAAAGAGCGGGGCGGCCAUGGGCAGCUCCAGUCAGCUAAGUUCCGCCGGCGGCUUGAGUUCCAGUUCAUUAAGCGCCGGUGGCGAGGAGAGGGAGAGAAGGCUGUUUGCUGAGGCAUUACGGGAUGGCUAUGUUCUCUGCCAGUGCGUG